AACAAAAAUCAACGGUCAUGCUUCGUCAAAAUAUAUGCAACAAAUUACAUGCACAAUCUUAGGGGUUAAGCUCUAUGAUUUAGAUAACUAAGACAUAGGGUUCACUCAUCAAGGAUUAGGGUAUAGUAUCAUGCCCACAAAUCCGGUUAAUUCUUGGUCCAGAUAGCGUGUUCUUACUUAGAGUAUAGUAUCAUGCUUAGAUAUUGACAAUAGAUGUGGCAUAACACCAACAAAAUGAAGAUAUUAGUAUAAGUUUAAGCAAAUGCAUAUUUGAUAAGUUAUAAAAUUAUACACUAAUGGACCAUGUUAAGAUUAGAACCCUCGACAGUAUGUGAGUAUCUUGGACCGAGAUUCUAAACCAACAUCUAAACAACGAUCAUUAGUUGAGGAUGAGUCUAAAUUAAACUUCAGGAAUUAACAACUGGUACAUAUUGUAUAAGAUAUUAAAUUGAGUGUCUUGAUCGACAAAUAUGAUCUUACAAUAAGACAAUAAACUUUCAAUUGGGAUGAACAAACUUACCUAAUAUUGAAGUACCUUUAUAAAAACAUUCUAACUAAGUUGUCGUCAUCUGAGCAACAUCAUUGGUUGAGAGUUUGUCCAAACUCGAGAUUCAUUGAAUGACAUAUAUUGUAUAAGAUAAAUUUUUUUGAGUAUCGUUGUUUUAAUUUAUAGACGCACCACAUACUCACGCAUUUGAGUAUCGUGAUAUAUCUUCGUGACAUGAUUUAUGAUCAGAGAAUUGAAACAUCAUAAGUGAACGUGCUAAGCAUUGAGAAUUUUUAAUUUACAGACGCACCGCAUACUCGCGCAUGAAUGCAAAUGUAAAAAAUGGAGAAGAUCCAAAAUAGUUUAAACAUAUAGAUAAAUUGAUUAAUUGAUUAAUAUAAAUGAUAAAAUGAAACUCACCUGCCAAUGGGCCGGGUAAAAAGCUAGUAGUAUUAGUAACAUAUGUUGACAUAUGGGUAUCAACAUAAAAGAUUCAAACCCUUGGAGUAAAUCCUCGCUAAUUGGAUGAGAUUCCCACCGCACCCCAACUUUUGCUCAAUAAAGACAUUAAUAAAUUUUGAUUAAACCCCACACGAGUUGAAUUUGCUCGACAAAGCUAUGCUAUGAUGGCGGCUUCAAUUAAUUAUCGACAAGUGAUUGUACUAUAUCAAUAUUUAUGAAUGAGUCGAUUUGAUUGUAUGUUAAUUGACCAACAAGUUUGAGAAUCAACUUCCGAUUGAGUAGCUUCAUUUUGGGCUAGUAGUUUCAUUUUCAUUACAAAAAUUUGAAAAUUGGUGUUGAGUUAGUCUAGAUAAUCAAAAUUCGGGUAAUUUAGAAGUAUUAUUAUCCGACAUAAAAAAAAAUUCUCUCCACGAUUUCCCCCACCAAAUUAGCUUCGCCUUCCCUAAAUCCUCGCUCCGUCGCAGCACCCUCCACCGUCCAUAUUCCCCGGCGCUCUGCGAGCGGUUGCCUCUAUCCAUCGCUCUAACUAAUUAAACAUCCACGUUAAAUGCACUUGCUGUCGGACGACGGUCCCCCGAAAAACUAAUACGGCAGCGCCCACCACCAAAACGACAGACGGCAGGAAUGCGAAGCUGAUCAUCAGGAAGAAGUAAAGGACGUGACAAGAACCAUAACUUCAUAUAUGGUUCCUGUCAUCUAAGAGAUUGUCCGGUGGAAUUGUUCAAGGGCGGCGGCGUUGGAGGGGGAUCGUUGGUCGUCGUCAUUCGGGUGAAAUAUUCAAGCGAUGGAAGAUGAUGAUCAGAGAGAUGGGGUGUUGUUGUCAUCAUCGUAUCCUUCUCAUUCUACGACGGCGUCUACCACCGCCACCACGACGGCGACGAGUACCACGAUGCCGUCGCCGGACUGCGGUAGAGGAGGGAAGCCCAAGAAAGGAUUGAAACGGUUCCCUCGUGUAUUGAAAGCCAUUCUCUUCGAGACAUCGCUGGCGAAGAAAAUCCGGAAGAGAAAAAACGCACAGAAAGGAGGAGGAGGCAACAUCUACAUCACGACACCUGGAGCCGUGGACCCCACCAACCCACUCAGCGAACAAGACCCACCACUCCAAAACGGCGUCGUGGAACUUCCCCGAGGACUCCUCCUCAAUUCGUCAACCCCAUCGCUGACCACCGCCGUCAGCAGCGUCUCCUCCUCCUCCUCCGCCGCCCUCUCCAACUCCACCUUCGCCACCAGCAGCAGCAGCAGCAACAACUCCUCCACCAACUCCCGCUCCUCCACAGCCAACACCGCCCUGCAGCCGCUCGACGUGGCGGCGGCCGGGGAGAUCAUCCUCCUCCAGGAUCAUCAGCCGAACGACGGGAAGGCCGGCAGUCCUGCCGCGGCGGGGAAGGGGCGGUACAGCUCCAACGUGGGGCUGUGCUUGGUUCUGGUGAGCCUGGUGGUGCUGGUUUUCUGGGGGAAGAUCUGCGCGAUUAUUUUCACGUCCACGUGGCUGUUCUUCGUGCCGCAUUGCAUCCCGGGCACAGUGUCGAGGAUCGGGGCGUUGUAUUGUAGGAAGAUCGAGCCGGAGGAGAACUACAGGAAGAAUAAGGUGGUGGUGAUGGAAGGGUUCGUUGAACGGAAUCGGAACCGUUGCCGGCGGUGGGUCGGCGGCCUCAAAGGACGGCGAGGGUCAAGUGAUGAUUGAUGAGUGGGCGCGCGGUGGGAAGUUUGAAAAAGGGAGGAAGGACGUGAUGACAUGCUGUAUACGGGUGGGAUUUUGAAGAAAUAUAUAUAUAUAUUGUAAUUAACUUCGGGUUUUCAUCAUGUUAGGCGAUGAAUGUAAAUUUAUAAAAACAUAGUGACACAUUUUUAUUACUAUCGAAUGUAAAAGAAAGGGUAUUGUCUAUUUUUUAUCCAAAAUUUUUUUGAAUUUUUUUUUAUUAGUCAAACCUAACGAAAUACUAAUAAUUAACCAAAUAUUAAUUUUUCAGUUAGCAAUUUUGUUAGUAAUAUUGACUUGGUAACAUGAUACCGACUUGGAAGAGACACAUCAAAAUCAACAUUCCAAAAUUUUAGUAUUUUAACUAAGAAAAGAGUUACAAAAUUAUUAACGAUAACGUAAAAAUGGCUAAUAUUUUGAUGCAUUACGAAAAAUUUGGCUAAUUAAAUAGCAUUUUAAUA